AUGGCGCCCGUCUUCGGGGACAGAGCCGAGGCGAACGAGCCUGAUGCUCUCUCCAGCACAACCAAUCCUAUCAAGAACUUCUCGGCAUCAAUGUCACUCACGUCGACUUCAACCACCAGUCACGACAGCAUCAAGACCGGCCUGAGUACCAGUGAAAAGAGCCACUCCAAGGCGGAAGGCACCAGCAAGAUCACAAAGCUCCCAACUGAGCUUUCACUCGCUAUCAUCUUGUACCUAACCCCGAGCGAUGCUCUAAGCCUAGCUCUCACUAGCAAGCGUUUCAAUUCAAUCAUCACUCGAUAUGAAACUACCAUCACUCAUGCACUUGUCAUCAAUCAUUGCGAGGAACGACUUCUAAAGGGCGCCAUUGCGCAUCAUGCGCUCGAGAUAGCGCCGUGGUUGCUUUUCAAAUCAACCGCUCGAGAUGAAGCCGAGUAUCUGCAGAUCAUAGAAAACUUCGUCAAGGAGUACAUGAAUAAGAGCUGUAAGGGGAGCCUACCUGAGAAGCUCAGGUUGCGCGCCGCUAUUCGUAUUGCUAUGUUCCAUGACCUUGCCAUCACCACACCCUGGGACGAGGUUCUGCACCUGACGUAUCGCGAAAUGCGGAAAUACUACCGUCGAAGUCUCGAGCUGCAUUUUGAAAUCGUUGGUCACUUCAACUUCCAGAUGCAUAUGCACCUAUUCGACAUGCUCUUUCAUAUCACGGCCCUCCGAUACCUUCGAACCCCUCAUGGCCCAGGGAACCGAGCCUUUCGUAUUACCAUUAGACGUGUGCUUACCUUUUAUACCGCCGCUCCCAUGUACAAGAGAAUCGAUCAUAGAGUCACUAGUCUCUCAAGGGAGCUGUUUAGUACGCAUCGCAGGACCAGAGGCAAUUUCGGAGGUCUAUCAGAAAUUCCCUUCCUUACAAUCGUCGCGCGAUGCAAGUGGCAAGCUCAGCUUGGAGACAUCAAACUGCUGAGACUUGGUCCUCGGAUACGACGAAGUGCAUACAGCGCACAGCACGAAGGGAUCGUUCAUUGA